AUGUUUCUUCGGGCCGCGUUCUCAUUGUUGGGCUUGUUUUUGCUCUCAUGCUUUGGCGACACGGAUCUGUCAACCAGAGCUCGUUUAGCCGUUACGAAAGAAAUCCUUAAUACUUAUCUCGUUGAAUCCAAAGAGGUUACCAUCCUGUACACAAUUUAUAACUUCAGCCCCAGGUGUGUUUCCAUUACUCUUCACUAUCCUAAAUGUUCACUCUUCUAGACCAUAGACCGGUUUGUGUAGUUUACGCACUCUAAAAUUAUUUGUCGCUUCCCAAAUUUUGUGCCUUUUCCUUUUUCCUAAAGGCAUUUCUAGAGCCACCUGUGCAUUAAUGCACAGCCGCUCCUCUGGUGAUGCUUUAAUUCUUGGCCCCCAUAUCUCUGCCGGUGCCUUAUAGACGGAAAAAUAGCUGAUCGAAUGCCCAUGAGUAUUCAGUAAAUGUCCUCGCUCUCUUGUUUUGUAGUCUGUGCGUUAUAAAAAGAUCUUACUAGACUGACUUCUUAGAAAGUCCACAAAUAUGGACCUCGAAGAAGUCCCUUAAAAAGUGCAAGAUAGUGCGUGAACUGGAUGUUGCCGAUACCCCCUUUUUGCUGUACGCACACAGCACUUGCGGCGAAUGCUGAUGUCUUGUGAGCAACAGCUCACUUUCACUCGUCGCAGCUAUGCUCGUGCUUAGCAUGGGUGGCCUAGGCCACUAUGUUGUCGGCGAUAUUUCUCCGCACAGAAAAAUUUACAGCAACAGACCUGUAUAGCCCGACCCGCUCUCUCUUUUUGAAUGACGACGACCCAUUUCCGAAGGCCAAUGAAAUACCACCAUGCAUUGGCGAGAAUUGCUGAGCAGUCUUGAGUUGACUGCUUGGUCGCCCCUAGAUGGUAACGACGUUCAAUUAGAGGCAGCGGCGCCGGACUCGCGAAGUGGGCGAUGCAAACGUCCUUAAAUGGUCUUAUCCGUCCUUCUUGGGCGACGUGAAUUUUCGCCUGUUAAUAUCGCUGCGAGUUUGGACCUUGCUCCUAUGCACUGCCAUUCUGUACAAAUUCAUACUGCUGUGCGCGUUCAUUCGUUACCUAUGUUAUGCAGAGACGGGUUGCAGUUGAAAAGCCGUCACGAAAUUUGUUGGCCCCAAUAAAUUCUGCUUUACAUGCUUGUUUUCAAUUCAUACCGGGGAAAAAAUGCUUCAAGUUUGGACUGUCUAAAUCGAGACCAAGUUGAUGUACUUCAUUCAAAGAAUGGAUUCCAAAUAGCGGUGUUAAACCCCCGACUCCUCCCUCGUAUUCUGCACACACAGCCUAACACUCAACCGCGCAGGAGGAGGAGCAGAUGUCUGAUACACGCGGAAAUGUCGGGAUGGGUUUAUGUCACCCGAAAACUGCGAGCACCAUCAACUCGAUCAACGGUGUCAACUUUACUUUGCUCAUUUGGCGACGAUUCUUCACGGGAUAUUUGAAACUGCCCACCUCAUCUAGCUUGCGAUCUUUAAUCCUGAGGAGUAUGUUCUCGUGAUUACAAGCGCAGCCCGAGAUUGCUUUGUCCUCACACGGUUGGUAGACGUGCCGAUCUGGUAACUUCAUCUACGGAAAACCCCGCAUUCAGUAGGUCAUCGAAUUUCAGCUCCAGCAGCGCGACGUCAGCUGUCGUCUGGACGCAAAUGCGACAUCAAGACCGCGUAGUCCAGUAAGUGACGUAUUUAAACAGGAUGAUAGAAGGCGACCAUGUCGCACACUAGACCCGACAUUCAGCGUUUGGGAGAGGUUAUGGACAAGGACUCCAGUGAUGAUGACGGUGGUUGUUGCGGCAUUAGAAAAUUAGUAGAUCGUGAUCACAACAGUGGUUCUUGCCAGCCUCAUUAUCCUCCGCGGGGACUCAUGAUAGACGGAUUCGGACGGUUCAACGAAGUCAACAAAGCCGCCGAUCGCCGUUUGUUGAUAGCCGUUAUGCAGUUUGAGAACGCGCCAUUGUAUCUGGCUGUUGUAUCCCCGCCCAACACAGAAUCUGGUCUGACUGGGUCUCGCCCCGGAGCCACCCAUACAUUGAAGUCGACUGAGAAUCACAAUGGUUAGGGUCUCUGCCUCAGUGUCAAGGAAGCUUGUGCCGCGAUGGUUCCCUACUGCUCUCCGGUUCUCAAGAAGAAGAAGAUUCUUUCUGCUUGCCGCCAGUCGAUAUUGCGUGCGUCGGUCGGUUUUCCGUACGAUUUGCGGUACCCCGAUGUUUAUGUCUUCCAGGCGCUAGCUGCGUUUUGAAUCAGGCCCUGCUCCUGUUCAUCACAAUCAAAUUUACAGCUAAAAUAAUUACAUAGCCAUCAGUCAUUCUGUCCCAUUUAUACAUGCUUGCUUCUCUUAGAGGCCUUUGUAUAUUCAUAAUUGUGCACCUUGAUUGCCAUAUUUAACCCAGAGGCAAGUUAUUUCAUGGGGCAUAAAAAAUUGCAUUUGUAUUUUCCAGUCGCGCUGCGCGGGACGUUGAAAUUCAUGACCGAUUUCCGGAUACUGAUUUUACCUUCCUGCAUGGCAGCCGAUCGACGCGAUGGACGUCAAUCGCUCCCGGCACUAAUAUCACUCAUGCUGUGAUUGUUGUCCCACGCUUUGUCGGUGCUUACAAUUUUACUAGCGCAGAAGUACUCUACAAAGCUGGAGCGGAUACGAAAGUCACCGUAAUUCCCCCCUCUGUUGGCUCUAUCCUAUAUUUUGACUUCGCCUUCUUUUAUUUUAUUCGCUUCUUAUAGUACUUCAUGUCAACUGUCUAAAGUCAGUGGUCUUUAAGUAGGGUUUUGUAGCACGAGAUUUCUUCCCUAGUGGUCACCAGUGCAUAAUAUUCUUUGAUAUUCGGUGUAAUGUCGCCAUAUUUGGUUUGGUAGUUCACUUACUGCGCAUUCUCCCUAUCCCACGUCCUGUUCAAAUUACAGCCCAUUCGUAGAUCUGUGCGUUUCGCAGUUAACCCUGGGAGGCUCAUGCACCCCCUAUUCCGGACUGACACAAGUAUCCGUUUAUUGUACACUUAUUCACCAAUAAGUGUAGCGUCAUGUAGCAAUUCGUUAAGCUCUCGUAUACGACUCAACACCCUUGUUUUCUAGUCAGAUUUUGAGGCUGGGUGUGCGUGUGUUCUACCCCAAGGCGGACCAUGCAGUAGAUGCGCUGUACCAACGCAGGGCUAGAUCAGGAUCUGGCGGGCAUUAUUGGGAAUUCGUAUCCAUGACAAAUGUCAAAAUUACAGUGUUUGGACACGCCCAGGCGCAGGCCCGUGUCGCACCAGUUGGGAUUUGAGCUGCCCCCUUUUUUCUAGUCAAAAUCCGCUGCGGACCAGGGGCUGUGGUGAUACGUCUAGGCGCAGGUUUUCGUCGUGCAAGUUACCUGCGCCCUCUCCGACCUCCGGUCCUCGUGACUGUCGACACCGAAUCCAGGUGACGGAGAAGGUAAUGUGGUAGAUGCAUCGAAAGUCUACUAUUACUAUAAACCAAUGCGCAAAACACUGUCUCUGCUUUCGCCCUGCUGUGGAGCAUAUGGUGGACAUCGUCGGCCACGACGAUCAAACCGUCGUGUUUUUGAGGGAGAGAGGAAGAGAGCGAACACAUUGGACACCGAAGUUAUUUAACUGUUCUCCGGAGACUUCGCAUUCGUAAGAAAUUAAAGGCACUUUUUGUGUCUCACUUCGUGUUUCAUCAUUAAGUCGGGCAAAAUCAUACCCGGUGUUGUCCAAAGCAACUGUCCAAAAUGCUGCCGAUCGCAUAUUGGCACGGCAAGUAGGACUGUUUUCCAUUUUAUUUUGCUGCACUCUUAUCCGAUCGUGUGAUACUUACAAUCAUCUCUUAUUACCUUGGUGUCCUGAGACGUUUAUCCUUUUCUAGUACGGAUAUUCGUCGGCUCCGGGCGUACGCUACGUCGUUACUCCCUCACACUUCAAUCGCCAGUUUGCUUCCCACUGGGUAAGCACAGCAUUCCGCUCCACGUUUUUUUUCGUUUUGGCUUUAGGACUUGUAUGCACUGUAAAAUCCCGUCUCCUGACUACUGUUAACCCCAUUUGGUUCGUUUCUUCCUUUUUAGUUGGAAUGGAUCUGCUUUGCCUUCAUAACUGCCCCCUGCAUUGCGAUUCCCUACAUGCUAUGGCGCUCUGGCGCAUCGAAGUACAUGUAG